AGGACCCAAAUGACAUUGAUGCACUAAAAAAGAAAGACCCUCGCAGUAACAAUGGGGAAGACAAAGUACAAAGUGUGGAGACCCUACCUCCAGGAAAAGUUCGAUGGCAAGAUUUUGAUCAAGACAGUUAUGUUGGUGUUACUAUGGUCCGAUCUGGUCAGGACCCAUACGCUCGUAAUAAGUUCAAUCAAGUAGAAAGUGACAAACUGCAAAUGGACAGAAACAUACCUGAUACCAGGCAUGAUCAGUGUCAACGGAAACAAUGGCGGAUAGACCUGCCAGCCACUAGUGUAGUGAUCACCUUCCACAACGAGGCCAGAUCUGCUUUACUUCGAACUGUUGUCAGUGUGCUUAAAAAAAGCCCAUCACAUCUUAUCAAAGAAAUCAUACUGGUGGAUGAUUACAGCAAUGAUCCUGAGGAUGGUGCUCUGUUGGGGAAAAUUGAGAAAGUGCGGGUUCUUCGAAAUGAUCGUCGAGAAGGCUUGAUGCGCUCCCGUGUCAGAGGGGCAGAUGCAGCGCAGGCUAAAGUACUGACAUUCCUGGACAGUCACUGUGAAUGCAAUGAGCACUGGCUGGAACCUCUUCUGGAGAGAGUUGCUGAGGACAAGACCAGAGUUGUGUCUCCUAUAAUUGAUGUAAUUAAUAUGGACAACUUCCAGUACGUGGGGGCGUCAGCUGAUUUAAAAGGCGGCUUUGAUUGGAACUUGGUGUUCAAAUGGGAUUACAUGACACCAGAGCAAAGAAGAGCAAGACAAGGAAACCCAGUUGCUCCCAUAAAAACACCAAUGAUAGCUGGCGGGUUGUUUGUGAUGGACAAAUUCUAUUUCGAAGAGUUAGGAAAGUACGAUAUGAUGAUGGAUGUGUGGGGUGGAGAAAACUUAGAGAUUUCAUUCAGAGUGUGGCAGUGUGGAGGGAGCCUUGAAAUUAUCCCAUGCAGCAGAGUGGGUCAUGUAUUCCGCAAGCAACAUCCUUACACCUUCCCUGGUGGGAGUGGUACUGUGUUUGCAAGAAAUACGCGUAGGGCAGCAGAAGUGUGGAUGGAUGAGUACAAAAAUUUCUAUUACGCAGCAGUGCCUUCAGCCAGAAACGUACCUUAUGGCAAUAUUCAAAGCCGAAUGGAACUGAGAAAGAGACUUAGCUGCAAACCUUUCAAGUGGUAUCUUGAAAACGUCUACCCUGAGUUAAGGGUACCUGAUCAUCAAGAUAUAGCUUUUGGGGCUUUGCAGCAGGGUACCAAUUGCCUCGACACUUUGGGCCAUUUUGCAGAUGGUGUUGUUGGAGUUUAUGAAUGUCAUAAUGCUGGGGGAAACCAGGAAUGGGCCUUAACUAAGGACAAGUCAGUGAAACAUAUGGAUUUGUGCCUUACUGUUGUGGACCGAGCACCUAGUUCACUAAUAAAACUCCAGGGCUGCAGAGAAAAUGACAGUAGACAGAAAUGGGAGCAAAUUGAGAGCAACUCUAAACUGAGACAUGUUGGCAGUAAUCUGUGUCUAGACAGCCGAAAUGCCAAAAAUGGCGGUCUUACUGUUGAGGUCUGCAAUCCUUCUCUGUCGCAACAAUGGAAAUUCACACUUAAUCUACAGCAGUAGAAGGGCUUACACACAACGCCAUCUUGUUUCCUAGACAUUGGGCAAAGUUUUGAUUGCAUUACUGAUAUAUUUCUUAAACUUUCCACGGAACUUAUAUACCUCAGUAUUCCAUCUUCGUCUGAAAGUAGGAGAGAACAAAGCUGAACACAAGGGAACCAAGGGGACGUGGAACACUGCAAUUAUCUCACUGAACGUAUGCAGCAAAGUUCCCUUCUGGUGUAAAGACUUCUCAGUUCCUGUCUGACUUCAGUUUAGUACUUGCACAGCAGAUGAUUAACAUCCCUAGAAACAAUUGAUGUACAGUAGAAAAUGGAUCUUAACACGCAGAAGGAGGGAGGGGAAUAGGGUGGGGGGAGGGAGACUGGGGAAAAUAAACUGCUAGGAGAAAUUGAAAUCUCCAUUUACAUAGAAAUCAUCAUUUGUGGUUUCCAGAAGCUGAAGUGUCAUUUUGAAGGUUUUUUCCAUGUGUAAUUGGUAUAUUUGAAUAUGAACUUUUCUAUGAUGGACUCUAAAUAUAUAUAUUAUACAUAUAUAUAUAAUAUAUAUAUUUUAUCAGUUCCCAACUGUUUAUCAAUUUUCCUCAUCUUGUAAUUAUCAACCAAGUGAUUAACAUACUUAAACCGGAAAGAGGAUUGGACUGUUGAGGGAACAAAACUGUGUGAAGGUGUGUCAUGUCCAUGCUAACACUGGAUGCUUUUGCUUUGCAAACUGGACCUACUUCUUAGCACUUCACUAUCUGUGGAGAUUAUGGAACUCAAGAAGAGGAAGAGGAAACAGCAGAACAAACUGAUGGAUCUGCACACAUCAUUGCUUGGAUUGUCUCUUCUGACUGGGAAUUCAGUACGUGUGCCCUGGGUAUCUGUAAACUUGUACUUGAUAUUUAUGUUGAACAUUUCUCUAGUACUUGGUCUUUAAAAUACUUUUUUCUUUUAUUAAAAAAAAUUAUAAGCAGUGCAGCUCUUUCACAGGUGCAGCCAUCGGGGUUCAGCACAGUUUGUUUUUUUAAGCACGACCCUGAUCAGCUUAAUUUCUUUCUCUUAAUGAGUCAGGAUAAGACAGAAUAGUAGCAUCACUGUAUACAGAUAGCACAAGAUCAUCAUACGUUUUAAUCUGCAAGGAUCAGCAGAGUUCCACUUGUUUAAUUUAUAAACCUGCUAUAGGGGAUCCUACUUUUUUUUUAUUCCUCCAAACAGAAUUUUUGAAACUGAUCCAGGCUCUACUGUGGGUACCAGCAGAUGCCAAGUGGUGUUUUUAACCUUAGAACAAAUGCAGUUUACAGCUUCAGCCCAAUUAACAUCAUUUUUGUGUUAAAACAAUGCUGUCAAAGUUAACUUGACCCCAACAUUGACCUACUUGCUUAUGUUUGCCUAGACUAUAUGAUUUGUUAAAAGCUCACUGAAACAUUUGUUUUUAAAAUAAAAACAAAACAAAACAAAGAAAGAAUUGGUGCUGGCAAUAAUAAACACUGCAUUGAUAACUUGGAGAUGAGCAAUGUAAAAUCUAGUUUGGGAAGAUAAUGGAUCUCAAACAGCCUAGGGGCUGAUUAUAAAGAGAGAUUUAGAAAUAUUGUUACUAAACCGUACUAUGGCAGUGUUCUUUUCCUUUUUCUGAGUCUCUGGGAGUAGAGUAUGUCAUGAGCUGCACUUUCCUUUCUGGCUGCAUUUAGUACAGUAAGUGGAAUCUCUCCAUGCAAAAUGGUUUUUACUUUGCGUGACAGACAUUGAAGUAAGAGGCCCAUAAAUGUGUCUGAUGUAUGAGUUGGAGUUGCUUAACAUGCAUUUGUGGAUCUACACAGGUGUCCUUUUGGAUGUACCAGGAACACUUGGGGAAGAGAUUGAAUCAGCGCUCCUCCCUUCUGUCCAACUCUCCUACAAAUACAUGAAGAGGAGGGAUCUCUCUCUUCUUCCUUCUUCCUUCACCCUUCAAUCCUUUUAUCUCCUCUAGUAAAAACCCUGGGCAUUUGCCUGUUUCAAGGUGGCAUGCAGUGGAUAAACAACUUUUCAGCCUUCAGUUUCUGACCAUCCACACCCUUUGAGGUUUUGUCUAUGCUACAGGCACAACAGAAACCAGACACUUGCUAUAGCAAUGUAAGGGGUUUUUCUGUCACUGUAGCAAAUCUGCUUUAGAGGGAGUUAGCUAGGUCCACAGAAAAAUUGAUCCAUUGACGUAGCAGUGUCUAUACUGGGGCUUAUGUCAGCUUAACUCUGUCUCUGUGGUGUCGGUUUUUCACACCCCCGAGCAAUGUAGCUAGGUCAACCUAACUUUUACGUGUAUAUUAGGCCUAAACUAGCUGAGUUUGCAGAGGGACGUGAUUCAGUCAUGGUGGGGAUUGCUGCUACUCUUGAGAAUAAACGUUGAAUUCUUGAAGACUGAUCUCAGCAGCAAAUUCAUUAUGGUCUAAUUGUUCUGAGAGAAGAGAAUUUAAAAGGUGCACUAAAUUCAUACUAUGCUGCAUUUCCCUCUGUGACUUGCAGCUUAGCAAAUGGACAUGCUACUGCUAACUGAAAUCAGGAACGAGUCUGGAUAAGGUUGACUGUUCUGAUUUCUACCUCUAAGCAAGAUCAUUAGUAAAAAGUCUUAAUUUUUAUAAAUUCCACCCUCCCCCCAUCUUGAUUGCAAACCAAGUCUUUAAAUGUCAUCCUACAUAUUGUGAAAUAGAAAUAUAUCUUUAAACCCCAUGGAAGCUAUGCAGAUGCGUCUGGAGCUGUACAAUAGACAGCAUCACUGUAUGUGUCGUGGGCGCAGAACAGAAAAGAGGUUGUAUCCUUUUGUUAGAUAUGUUUACAUGACUGUGUGCCAAAGUUAUUUACUGUGAUUUAAUUAUUUUUAAAGUAUCAGGAUUAUUAUGAGCCCCUUUUUAAGAAAGGUAAAAUUCCUAAGAACCCCUGAAUCAAAUUGUGAUGGAGUCGUCUCUGAAAGAUCUUUUCUUAUAGUCUUCAAAGCAAAAAUGAUGGUACAUGUGAGCUUGUUUUGCAAAUUUUCAAAAUAUAGUUUGGAAAUUGUCUUUUCAGUUGGUUUAAAAAGAAAUCUGCUGUACAGAGCUUGUACUUUGUUCAUUUUAUAGAUGGAAACCAUCCUUGAAAACUUUAACUUAAAUAAAGAAAAUUACUUUAUAGAUAA